AUGGAGCAGGACCACGUGAGCCACCCGGCCAUGGGGGUGCCGUAUGGGGGGGCGCCGCCGCCCUACGGCGCGUACCAGCAGGCUUACCAGCAGCCGCAGCAGCACCAGCACCAGCACCAGCUGCAGAUGUUCUGGGCGGAUCAGUGCAGGGAGAUCGAGCAGACCACCGACUUCAAGAACAACAGCCUUCCGCUGGCUCGCAUCAAGAAGAUCAUGAAGGCAGACGAGGACGUUCGUAUGAUCGCCGCUGAGGCCCCCGUUGUGUUCGCCCGCGCCUGCGAGAUGUUCAUCCUCGAGCUCACCCACCGUUCCUGGGCGCACGCCGAGGAGAACAAGCGCCGGACUCUCCAGAAGAACGACAUCGGCGCCGCCAUUACGCGCACCGACAUCUUCGAUUUCCUGGUUGACAUCGUCCCCCGGGAGGACGUCCGCGAGGACGGUAUUCCCCCAAACUACGGGCCCCCCGCCGGGGAUCCCCUCUCCUACUACUAUGUCCAGCAAUAG